UCUUCACACAUCUUACUUCUUAUAAUAUUUCAAACGGAAGAGAAAAGUUAUCCGUACAAAGAACACAAGAGAGGUUUCCAGUGUAGUCAUGGGCAUAGUUGCAGUUGCAGAGUUUUUCAUUGACCUGAACCAACCAUCAGCCAUGCAAUUCUUUCUUUGCUUUGUUCAUUUGGUGGUCUUCUUAAUCUCUUCUACUAUCAAUCAUACUGCUUACUCAUUUUCUGGGCUAAACUCUACAGAAUUAGAAGCACGUGGCAACGGCUACAUAAAAGGGCAUAUUUUUGAAGAAUUCACUUUUCCUGCAAAAUCAGUUCCCUUCAAUACUUGUCAUUCUUCUACCAUUGUUGAGGUUGGGAAGGGUCAUUUUUUGGUUGCUUAUUAUGGGGGCACAUCAGAGGGUGCACCUGAUGUCAAAAUAUGGUUGCAGACUUACAAGAAUAGCAGAUGGGAAUCACCUGUAAUAGCUGAUGAAGAACCAAAUGUUCCUAUGUGGAACCCUGUACUAUUCAGACUUCCAUCAAAUGUGUUACUUCUGUUCUACAAAAUAGGCCUUGAUGUUCAAAAAUGGAGUGGAUUCAUGAAACAAUCAUAUGAUAAAGGAAUUACUUGGACAGAAAGAGAACAACUUCCACCUGGUAUAUUAGGACCAAUAAAGAAUAAGCCUCUCUUGCUGGAAAAUGGUGACUUACUUUGUGGAUCUUCUGUUGAAAGCUGGAAUUCAUGGGGAGCAUGGGCAGAGGUCACAACAGAUUUUGGCAGGACAUGGAAAAAGUAUGGUCCAAUUUACAUUAACAAUGAGCCUCUAGGUGUGAUUCAACCUGUACCAUAUCAGACUUCAAAAGGGACACUGCGUGUUUUGCUUCGAUCCUUUACUGGCCUUGGUAGAGUUUAUGUUUCAGAAUCCUUUGAUGGAGGCAAAACUUGGGGGUAUGCAAAACCUACACAGCUCCCUAACCCAAACUCAGGUAUUGAUGGGAUUAAGCUAAGAGAUGGUAGUCUAUUGAUUGCAUAUAAUACAAUUUCAAGGGGAGUACUUAAACUUGCCAUCUCUGAAGAUGAUGGUGAUUCAUGGAAUGAGGUACUUACAUUGGAGGAUAAUGUUGGAAUGGAAUUUUCAUAUCCUGCUGUUAUCCAAGCUAGUGACGGGAGAGUCCAUCUCACUUAUACAUAUAAUAGGACACAGAUAAAGCACGUUGUUGUUAGGCCACGGUGAUGCCGACCAACUUGUUUAUUUUCUUUAGAUAGAGAAGCAUAGGAAACAACACAUUUUAUUUUAUGUAUGCAAUACAUAUGGCCUUCUGUUUUUGGGUCAAUGGUAUUAAAAACAGGAAAUAUCUUGUCCCAUCUCCCAACACUCUCAAAUGCCCUCUAAAUCUUCUUUUUAUUUGUCAAUUUUAAACCAUCUAAAUUUAUCAAUCUAAAUAGGUUUUGUUUGAAUUAA